GAAAGGCGUGUACAACUGCGCGUGGUAAGUACAUUCACGGCCGCUGGCCAGUAGCAAUUCUCAGAGUAACAGUAGCUGCAGAGGAAGAAGAAGCGGAACGAGUUCUAAGGCAGAAUAAUCAACCUUGUGGUUUGUAAUUAUACGGCAGCUUAAUGUCAAUGAAGCUCCUACGAACAGCGUGGCAAUCACCAAAUCUUCGACCGUUGUGUCACGGGCGGCUACGAUCAGCGGGUCCUUCCGAAAACGUGGCAAGAUUCGUACGACUCCUGUCGGCUAGCACAAGUAUGAGAAGUAAUGUCCUCUUCAGACAGCUAUUUGACGAGAAGAGCUGGACCUACACCUACCUACUGGCUGACCUGGACACGAAGGAAGCGCUCUUGAUCGACCCAGUAUUGGAGCAGGUGGAGAGAGAUGCCAAGCUCAUCAAGGAACUCGAACUUCGCCUUAUUUAUGCAGUGAACACUCACGCGCACGCUGACCACAUCACUGGUUCCGGGAAGCUGAAGGGGCUGUUCAAAAGUUGUCGCAGCGUCAUUGCAACCGCAUCAAGGGCACGGGCAGAUGAGCACCUCAAUCCAGGAGACGCGAUCGGAGUUGGAAGCAUUAAGCUGGAAGCCAGGGCCACACCUGGUCACACAAACGGUUGCAUGACGUACGUGUGGCAUGAUCAAAGGAAAGCCUUCACUGGUGACGCAUUGCUUAUUCGCGGCUGUGGACGAACGGAUUUUCAGGAAGGGAGCCCAGAGCGUCUCUUCGAUUCGGUGCAUUCCCAGAUACUCAGUCUGCCAGGCGACUACAAUUUGUAUCCUGCUCAUGACUACAAAGGUAUGACCGUUACUACAGUGGCCGAAGAGCUCAAACACAAUCCUCGGCUUACGAAAACCAAGGCUGAGUUUGUGGAAAUAAUGAAAAACCUCAACCUGAGCUAUCCCAAGAUGAUAGACAAAGCAGUUCCAGCCAACCUGAUAUGCGGACUGGAUUACGCUUCCUCCAGUAAGUGAGCCUACGUGGCUCUAUUCUAAGGAACAUCCUCAGUAGUGGACUCCGCUAAGAAGCUACAAGUCAGGUGAAAUUCAGCACGCAAGUACCUCCCCGAA